ACUAAUAAUAACACACUCGCAUCUCUUCUCCUCCCUCCACUCAACACAACCUUAUCAAUCCCUGAACCAAAAACUCAAUCAACUCAUAAAAAAUUAAUCUUUUCAUGGGCUUUCUUCUUCAAAUUGCUUCAUGGCCAAUUCCUUCACUUACUCUCACUUCAUUUCGUCCUCUUUGAAGCCCCUUCUCAAAUUACCCAUCACUCGUUUUCACCUUCUUCUAAUCUUUCUGCAUACCCUCUUAUAACUCGCACCCUUUUCCCUCAAAUCCUCCAGCAUUGAAGUGGGUUUUUGUUUUUCAAGAUUCUAAAACAAUCCAUCGAUUUCAGUUAAAAACCCCAACUUUGAAGUGGGUUUUUGUUUUACAAGUUUAAUUCGCACACAAUCAAUCAGUUUCGAUCAAAACCCUCAACAUUGAAGUGGGUUUUUGAAUUUCAAGAUUCUCAAACAAUCGAUCAAUUUCAAUCAAAAUCUCAUCUUUGAAGUGGGGUUUUGUUUUACUGGAUCAAUUUCAAUCAAAACCCUCAACAUUGAAGUGGGGUUUUGAUAUUCAAGAUUCUUAAACAGCCGAUCAAUUUCAAUAAAAAUCUAAACUUUGAAGUGGGUUUCUGUUUUACUCCAUCAAUUUCAGUGAAAACCCUCAACAUUGAAGUGGGUUUUUGAUUUUCAAGAUUCUCGCAAUCGAUAUAGUUCAGGAUCAAUCAAUCUAUCAAUUGAUAUCUGAAACCCCAAGAUUAAGAAUCAAGUAAAUGGCAUCGGUGUUUUUGUACCAUGUUGUUGGGGAUCUGACGGUGGGGAAGCCAGAGAUGGUGGAGUUUACUGAGAAUGAGACGGUGGAGGCGGCGAUCAGGGCGAUCGGAGAAUCGACUGAAUGCGGGAUUGCGGUUUGGAGGAGGAGAUCCGUGCAAAAGGGUUUGAUUGAGAACGCAGAGAUGAGGCAUCAGAGGUUUGUGGGGAUAUUGAAUCCACUGGAUAUUGUUGCUUUUUUGGCUAGAGAGGAUUGUUUGAAUGAUCAGGAGAAAGCGAUGAAGACACCGGUUUCGGAGGUGGUUGUUCCGGAUAAUACUUUGUUGAAGGAAGUUGAUCCUGGCACCAGAUUAAUAGAUGCAUUGGAGAUAAUGAAGCAUGGCGUGAGGCGUCUUCUUGUUCCGAAAAGCAUAGGAUGGCGUGGCAUGAGCAAGCGUUUCUCAAUUCUCUACAACGGAAAAUGGCUCAAAAACCCAGAUAGUAAUCCAAAUAUUACGAUUCCCACUAUCAACCGAACUUCAUCUUCAACACCGACCGCCAUAAUCCGUGACAAAUAUUGUUGUCUUUCUAGAGAAGAUGUGAUCCGUUUUUUAAUCGGUUGUUUAGGAGCAUUAGCUCCCGUUCCUCUAUCUUCCAUCUCAUCUCUUGGUGCAAUUAAUCCUAAUUAUUGCUCAAUUGAAGCGUUAUCACCUGCAAUGGAAGCUGCGCGUAAGAUCCCUCGUGAACCAAGUGCAUUUGCAGUUGUUGACCCGACACCCGACGGUCAACACAAGAUUAUUGGAGAGAUCUCGGCUUCUAAAUUAUGGAAAUGUGAUUAUUUGGCUGCUGCGUGGGCGCUUGCUAAUCUUUCUGCAGGUCAGUUUGUGACAGGUGUUGAAGAUAAUCAAUCUUCAAGGAGUCUUCCUGAUUUGUUGGCGGCUGGUGACGGAGAUGGUGCAAAUGGUGUCGGUGGAGGGCGGUUAAUCAGGCAAAGGACUUUUAGCAGCAGGAGUAUUGGGUUUUUUAACCACAACCCUUCAAGUCAAAGUUUUGGUUCUAAUAGAAGCAUGUAUAGGGGUAGGAGUGUGCCUUUAACGUGUAAAACCACAAGCUCGUUGGCUGCAGUCAUGGCUCAGAUGUUGUCUCAUCGUGCGACUCAUGUUUGGGUGACUGAAACCGAGAAUGAUGAUGUUCUGGUCGGAUUGGUUGGGUAUGCUGACAUCUUAGCCGCUGUCACCCGCCCCCCUGCCGCCUCUCUUCCAGAGGCUUCAUAGAAAAAAAGUGAAUCAAGAAUGUACAUGCUAAGCUGUUUUGAAUCGUGAAUUUUGGGUCUUUUUUUGGUUAAAUUACUGUUUUCGGGUCGGUUAUGUUAAAGAUUGCUUCUGUUGUGGUUUGUUUUUAAGUCGCUGUGUCGUCCUUGCUUUGUUUCUGGUUGUUUCGGUGAGGAGGUUGUGCAUCAUGUCGACCUUCUUUUAGUCUUUGUUGUCUGAGGUCAUAUUUGUUAUAAAUAAAUAAAUUCAUGUUAUGUGUAAUAUGCACUUCUUUAUAAUUUUAUAAAUAAAUAAAUUCAUGUUAUAUGUAA